AUGGCCGGGAGAAGCGAGACGCCGGAAUCCGACGCGGGCUCGCGCACCAACGGCGAUGGCGACCAACCGCCGGCGCGCAAGCGACAGCGCGUCCGCCUGAGCUGUCUCGAGUGCCGCCGGCGCAAGCUCUCAUGCGACAGAGGCUUCCCGUGUGAGCGGUGCAUCAAGAGUGGCACCCCGGACCGCUGCAGCUACGAGUCCCGGAACGGUGAGGUGGUCAGUGCCUCCUCGGGCGUUCCGCCUCCCUUUGCCCAGCUUGAUCCUCGCCGCUUUGGAAUCGGCGGCGGUGACGGGACGUCGGGCUUCUCGUCCAGAGACGACCACGAGAGGAUUCGGAGGCUGGAGCUGGAAAUUGCCCAACUCAAAAAUCAACUCACGAGACCCGGCGGAACCGGAAACGGCGCUGGAACUGGGACUGGAACUGGAACCGGGGCCGGAGUCGGAGUCGGAGCCGCGGCCGGAACCGGGACCGGGGCCGGGAUCGGCUCGUUUGACGGCAGCACCGUUGCCGCCACAGACUCGCCGGCGACCAGGAAGGACGAAAACUUGACGGAGAAUGACGCCUUGGCGGCGCACCGGCCGGACGUGCAGGAAUGCAUCGAGGCCAGCAGCAUGAGCGGCGAAAGGGGCGAGCUUCGAUUCUUCCGCGGAAAGGGCUUCAGAACUCGCUACUUCGGACCGCACAAUGCCAGCAUGGCCUUUGUGGAGUUGACGGGGCUGUGUCCGUUCAUGAGAGAGACGGCGGACGAGUGGCUCAGGCCCGUGAUUGUCCACGACCGCAAAGACCGCAAGCGUCGCAUGGAGCAUCGCGAGGUCCUCUUCGCCAAGCAGGACGCCGAGCUCGAGGCGCUGCUGCCGGCCAAGGACGAGGCCGACGCCCUGGUCUCGGUGUACCUGGACCAGUUCGAGCAGAUCCACCGCAUCGUGCACAUUCCCACCUUUGGCAAGGAGUACGCCGAGUUCUGGAGGCCCGGCAGCAGGCAGCGAUGCGCGGCCUUUACGGCCCUGAUCCUGGCCAUGAUGGCGGUGGCCGGCUGCGUGCACACCCACGGCAGCCUCAAGUUCAUCGGCAUGAUGUCCAGCGCGCGCCACUGGGCCGAGAGAUGGAUCUGGGCGUGCGACGGGUGGCUGUCGCGGCAGAGCCAGAAGCACCGCAGGCUCAUCCACUUCCAGAUCGCCUGCCUCCUGUACCUGGGGAAGCGCGUCAACACGAUCAAGAAGAAGAGGUUCUGGACCAGCUCGGGCGCCCUCGUCCAGGACGGCAUCUCGGUCGGCCUGCACCGGGAGCCCAGCCACAUGGGCGGCAAGAUCAGCGUGUACAACCAGGAGAUGCGGCGGCGCAUAUGGACGACGGUGCAGGAGUUUGACAUGCAGGCCUCGUUCGACCACGGCCUGCCCACGCUGCUCAGCCAGCUGCACUACGACACGGACGCGCCGCGGAACCUCGACGACGAGGACUUUGGCGAGGAGACGAGCACGCUGCCGCCCUCCAAGCCGGCCAGGGACUACACCUUCAGCUCGUUCCAGAACCUGGCCCGGCAGAGCCUGCCGCUGCGGCUGGAGCUGAGCCGCCUGCUCACGGGGCCCCUGGCGGACAUUGACUACGACCAGGUGAUCCGGCACACCAACGACCUGACGCAGGAGAUUGACGCGCUGCCCUCGUGGGACAUGGACGCGGGCGCCGGGGAGAAGAAGAACCCCCUCAUCGCCUACACUCUCCUCCACGUCCAGCUGCGCCAGUACAUCAUCCCGCUCCACCAGCCGUACCUGAAGCUGCGCAGGCAAAACUCCAGGUACCAGUACUCGGAGAUUGUCUACUACAACGCGGCGCGCGACAUUGUGCUGCUCCACGACAAGCUCCACGAGCAGGGCGUCCGGUCCCUCAACUUCCUGCGGGAGGACGCGCUCACGACGGCCAUCAACCUCUGCAGCGUGACGAUGCUGCAGCCGCGCGGGUCGACAAACAUGAUCAUGAUCAACUCGCACCACACCCUCAAGCUGAUGGAGAAGUGCAUCGCCAUGAAGGAGGACCGCCUGCUGCGGUGCGGCAACAACGAGCCGUGGGGCUACUCCAUCAUGUGCGCCGCCCUCGGCCUCCUCGAGGCGCACCUGGGCACCAAGACGACCGAGGUGGCCAAGUCGACGUCGGCGGAGCGCUUCGUCAACCUCCACUACCGCCUGCUGGCGAACCAGGAACCCCCCGUGGCGUCCGAGAACGUCCCGGGGACGCCCGUCAGCGGCGCCGCGACGGCCCUGUCCGCGCCCGGUCUGGGUCUGGGUCCCAGCCCCGGCCUGGAGGUGCCCGAGCGGCCCAAGUCCGUCACGCCAUUCGCCUUCCCGCCUUCCAUGCCGGCCGUGCCGGUGGACGCGACCACGGCCCCGGCGACGGCGUGGAUGGUUGGCGCGGGCGACUCGGCACAGCCCUUCAACAUGGAUCCGAGUCUGGAGCUGCUCGGUCUCAACCUGAACGAGCUGUGGGGCGAGUCGUGGGAGCUCGGGUGA